CUGUGUGUCAGCCCCUAUACCCUGGGGCUUUGGGGCCAGAGACAGCCCAUAGAUAUGUUAUGACCAAAGUAUAAAUGACGGUUGUUGGGGUGCACAAAGACCACUUCCAACUCGCUGGUCUUUCAAGAGCUUUGCAUCUGCUACAGUUGUCAACAUGCCUGAAGAAUGCACCGGAAUCAUCAACCUGCGCUACACCGAGGGUAGCGUGGGGACUUCCUCCAACCCGGACCUGUACAACCGGCAGAACUAUGAGCAGCUGAAGCGGACGAGCCUGAGGAGGGGCUCUCUGUUUGUGGACACCACCUUCCCUCCCGACAGAAACUCUCUGGGAGAGGUCUCCACCAUGCCGCAGUGGCAGCAGCAGCAAGUCAAGUGGAUGCGGCCAGUGGACAUUGCUAAAGCCAUGGGCUUCAGCGGGGAGGUGGCUUUUCUAAUGGAUGGGGCUUCAAGAAAAGACUUUGGUCAAGGCGCGAUUGCUAAUUGCUGGUUCCUGGCAGCUAUUGGCUCACUGACGUUGCAUAAAGGGCUUCUAGUGCAAGUUGUACCUACCGACCAGUCAUUUAAGGAGUAUGCUGGCAUCUUUCAUUUCAGGUUCUGGAGGUUCGGUCGGUGGGUGGACGUCGUCAUUGAUGACUUUCUCCCAACAUACCAAAAUCAGCUAAUCUCUGUGAACAGCAAAACUGGACAUGAAUACUGGGUCCCUCUCCUGGAAAAGGCCUAUGCCAAACUUUGUGGUUCAUAUGCAGACAUGCACGCAGGAAACCCAGCUGAGGCUUUCAAGGAUUUCUGCGGGGGCGUGUUCAAACACUACCAGCUGAGGAAUCAGCACAGCCAGAACCACGACGAGGAGCUGUGGGGCUGCCUGUCCAGAGCCACGGACUGCAAGUCCAUGAUCGGCUGUGGGACCUUUGCAGCCGGGGGACAGGCAGCGAACACGGUGUCCCGGACCGGCUUGGUGGACUGGCAUGCCUAUGCGGUCACAGGAGUCACUGAGGUCACCCAUAGGGGUUCCAGUGUCAGGCUGGUCAGACUGCUGAAUCCCUGGGGCCGCCAGGAGUGGACUGGAGAGUGGAGCGACAGCUCAGAUUUGUGGAAUCAAGUGAGCUCUGAAGACAAGAAAAAAUGUGUGAAAAGCGAAGAUGGAGAGUUCUGGAUGGAGUUGGAGGACUUCUGUCACCAUUUUAACUACAUGUCCAUCUGCUGUGAGAACCCCAACUUCAUCGAUGGGGAUCUUAGCUGCCAGUGGAAGUGCAUGAGCUACAAUGGCAGCUGGGUCGCCGGUAGAACAUCUGGAGGCAGCAUCGGGAAUUCCACCUACGUCAACAACCCCCAGUUCCGCAUCAAGGUGAAAGCCCCGGAGGGGGACAACAAGGGCAAAAACAACCUGCUGCUGUCUCUGAUGAGGAAGCCCGUGGGAAACCGCAGACAGUCCAGCCAGGAAUACAUCAGUUACAGUGUCUUCAAGCUCACAGACCAGGUAAGCACGUUCAUUUUGAAUGUUCAAUAAUUAGAAACACGCACGCGCGCACGCACGCACGCACGCACGCACGCACGCACACACACACACACACACACACACACACACACACACACACACACACACACACACAAACACACACACACACACACACACACACACACACACACACACACACACACACACACACACAAAAACAAA